CUUCGGCAGCGCACUUUCAGUGCGGUUUUGGUUGCUGUAGUGUCGAGAGAUAGCCCAGUGGUGGUUUUCGCUGGGGACGUUCGUUCAUUCGUUCGCGUGUGCUCGCCGUGUGUUUUAUUGCUUGUUUUAAUUCGCGUUGUUUUUGUUACUGUGAGUGUCUCGUGAAUCGCGUGCAUCGCUGGUCGGUCGGUACACAGCAGGUCCAAACCGACGCUCGAGGACUACAUAAUCGACAUGGAGACGCGGCCGCCCGACAGCGGUCAGAUCUCCGACAAGGACGUCUGGGCCCAGCUGCACCAGAAGGAAGCGGAUCUGCUGCUGGCGGCCGAACUCGGCAAGGCUCUGCUGGAGACGAACGAGCAGCUGAAGAAGCAGCAGGAGAAGCUGAUCGACGACUACUCGGUGAAGCUGGAGAAAUUGGAACAGGAAAAGUACAUCCUCAAGCGGCAGUUGGAGAUCACCUCGAGCGAGAACGAUGCCGUCAUCCUGGAGCUGCAGACCGACAUCAAGCAGUUCAAACAGAAGCUGGAACUACAGGAACAGCUGAUGCGACAGUUGGAACGGGAAAAGAACCAGCUGAUCGAGGAACUGACCGCCCAGAACACCCGCCUAUCCAACGAGCUGAAGAAGUCCAAUGCCGCCGAGCUGCAGCUGUCGACUCAGCUGCAGGAGAUCAAGGACCAGUGCAAUCGGCGGACGAUCAGCAUACAGGACCACGUCAAUAGUCUGGAGAGCCUGAAAAAUGAACUGCGGAUGAUUCUGGAGAAGAAGAACGACCUCGAGAAUCGGUUACACAUGACGUCGAGCGAAAAGGAAAACCUCUCGAUGGCACUGAACGAAGCAUCCGAGAGGAUACACAUCCUGGAGCGGAGCACCAAGGAGCAGGAUACCAAGUACCAAAUGACGGUUCAGACGCUGGAUCGGCUGGAGCGGGAGAACGGCACGCUCAGCGAGCGACUCGAGUCGUUUGAUUCGCAGCGCUCGAACCACAGCGAUCAGAACCAUUCGUCGCUGUUGCAGGAGAUGAGCGGCGAGGACGACUCGAUGAUGAUGGACGGAAGCGGGGGCGGAGCCAAUGAAGAAGCAACGCUUCUACUGUACAAGGAGGCACAGUCCGUGUACAAGCAGCUGAAGACGCUUUGCCAGACGCUGCGGAGUACACACCACGAUGACGAUUCCGGCCUCCACUCGGACAUGUCCUUCUCCUCGAUGGACAACACAUCGUCGUCCUCGCCGCAGUCGGUGGACGUCGGGUUGGGCCAAUCGGCUGGCCCCUCGCCGCACUCCAGCGGUCCGGUGGGAAUUCGAGGACCGGAGAAGUUCCACCGCGGCAUGCUAUCGUCUGCCGCCGACGAGCUGGUCCACAUCAUCAUGAACAUGGACGCCAUGCAGUUCAAGACCAUGUUCGAGCAAACCCGCUCGAUGCUGAUCGACCAGGAGGAGGAGCUGAAGAGGAAGACCGAUCUGAUCAUUCAGCUGGAGAGCAAGCUUUCGGUGCAGGAUAUCGAGCUGCAGAGUGCACUCGAGGAGCGAAAUCAGGCCCGGGACGAUGCUUCGCACUCGAGUUUGGCCCAGGACGAGACGGUCGUGCAGGCCCGUCAGGAUCGGGACGCGGCGAUCGAACGGCGGACGAAGGCCGAAGUCGAACUGGCCAAGAACCGGGUGGAGCUGAUGCAGGCGAACAGCCAACUGCUGGAGGCCAUCCAGCAGAAGGUGGAACUGCUGCAGCAGCUUGAACAGUGGCAGAUCGACAUGCACGAGCUGAUCGAGGAGCAGAUGAAGAAUAAGCUUAACAAUGAAACUAGUACAAAACCGCAUACGCCUCAGCGUCCGUCAUCGCAGCAGACCGGUUCCUCGUCUGCCGGUUCGUCGGCUAACAACCGCAAGAGUCGCCUACUAGAUCUGUUCUACCAUCGAUGAGGAUAAACGAAAGCACUAAACAUAAAAACUCGAUCAGUCAGAUUUUAAGCUACCCGGGUAUCGCCCUCUAAAUGACAACCGCAGGGGAAGCGACUCACAUUGCAUUUAUAUUCGAACCCUCUAAUCUAUUGUAACUGUCGUGAGUCGUUUCCGUCCCAUUUUGUACAUCGGAAACUGACAGCUCUGUCACUUUGGCACCCGGUAACUUCAAGGCCUACGCGGACCGCAUGUGAUAGUGAACUCUGAUCGACGAUUUUACUGAUUAUUGAUUCUUUUUAAGCGGUCUACCAAAAAACAAAAAAAAAAAAACAAACAAGAUGGGACCUUGUGACAACAGUAUUUUUUGUAUGAAGAACUAUAGUGAAUCGUUUUUAACAUCCAUAUCUACCAAGAAACAAAAUAAAGGUCCAUUAUGCAUAUCCCAAACCCCGGAUUCCCGUAUAUCAAAAAAAGCAGUUCGUACCCAGAAAGCAAGAAACGAUUAAUUAACUUAAACAAUGUGUAAUUUAUGUAGCUAAAGUGUACUUUUUACUACCGGUGUAACCAAAAAAAAUUGUAUUGCGAGAAUUGACGAAUGUGAAACCUAUAUUAAAUCCGUACUUACUAAACUAAUUUUAAAUAAGUAACAACAACAACUAACACACCAGCAAAUCACUAUUGUGCAGCGUCAUUUUGCAUCAACGUCUGUGUGUAUUUUUCUGUUCCUUCAUCUACCGGGAAGAACAAAAACUAAACGGUUUUCCCUCUCGCUCUGACGAAGGUCUGAAAACAAGCACCGCCACGAGAAAGAGCCAGAGCGAGUGGGUUGUGAUACUUGUUCGUUAAACUGCAAAUGUAUUCGUUCACCAGAUGUAGAGAAAACGACGCCUUUGUACUAAUAUUGCUAUUAUUCUAAUCGCUACACCUAAAGAUUACGAGAAAAGAUUAGCCGAGUGAUAACAGGAUGCCUUUUAAAAAAACGAAAUCGAAACAAACUGAGGAAUUGAACAUGAUGUAUUAAAAACUGGAUCCGCAGCAGAAGAAGGCGAGCAUGAGAUGUAAAUAUAAGAUUAAUUAUUGUAUUAAUAAAAAAACAUUCCUAAAAACUAUUUUUUUUAACAUGCAGCAAUGUGAUUUGUGGAAAGUUUUGUUUUGUUUUCUUGCGGAAUGUUAGAUCGAAAGAAGUCGGAAGGUAAUUUAUCGUUUACGGAAUAGAGGAAAACUAAAGAAAUAUCUAAAUUAAACAAUGUUGAAAGCUGAUACUGUCAAGUAAUCUUAUUUGUAACUGUUGUAACUGGAAACACGAAAAAUGAUAGAAUAAAGUAAUAACGAUGAGAUUAAAA